AUGGCCACCGCCGAAAAGACCCAAGAUCAACAGAAGCAAUUUCCCGUGCCGGACGAGGAUGACUACUCGUCCGGCGAAGGGGAGUAUGACAGUGGUGACGACCGCGGCGAGGAAGAAGCAUCCCAGCAGCGGAAUAAGCGCCGACGACGACGAGGGCCAUCGCAAGAGGAUGAUGAAGAGGACUACUCAGAUGAAUACGACGACAAUCCCUCCGAUCAAUAUGACGAUUAUUCCGAUUACGAUGAUGAUAAUGAUGAUGACGAUGACUAUGUGAUGCAAGGCAAGGCGUUGCAGCCGUACCAGCAGAACAACAUGGAAAUGCAGAAGGCAAGCGGCAGUUUUAGCCCCGCGCCGCAACAGAAGAAUAGCCCCGCCAAAAAUGAUGGCCUGAAGUUGAGGCUGGACCUGAAUCUGGAUAUCGAGGUCGACCUCAAGGCUCGCAUCAAUGGCGAUCUGACCCUGUCGCUCCUGUAA